UGAGUUGGAGUACAUGAAGCUUAAACAACAGCUCCCCAAAAACACGGAUGAAACAAAGAAAAGAAAGUUCACGAGCUUUCUAUUUGAAAGUGCCCGUAAAAUUCUCAAAGUUGGCGAACGUGUUCUCAAAAUUGAUCCCAACUUGAAGCGACUGGAGAAGGCUGUGCAGAAACUUGAUAAAGUUUCGGCUGAUGUUACUAAUUUCCUUCAUCUUUUAGACAGCGCGAAGCAGGAACAGAAGGAGCAGAAGGUUGAUUUCUACAAAACACGUGAAACUGGAUUUUUGCCUAAAAAUGAUCUCAUUGGGCGUGGCAAGGAUAAGGAGCUU